AUGUCUCGAAUCACUGCCACGCUCAUCUACCCCCUCCUCGUUGGCCUCGCGGCGAUUAACCCGCAUACCGCGGAUUUCGACAUCUCCAUGACCGACAGCGUUAUGCAUGGGUAUCUCCGCGAGCAAGGCUGUCUCAUGGAGUUGAAGCCCGAGCCCGAGGCGUACGCCCUAGGCGUCGACCUCGUGACACACCUCGAGCGUCUGAUGAACGAGGUGGUCCUGGAGCUUUUGGCGCUGCUUCCCGGCCAGGCGGGGGAUCACUUCGCGGGGAUCCAGGAGGUCUGCGAUCUCAUGUUCGGCCGGGGGUUCGCCAACGUUCUGGUUGAACAGUUCAUGAAAGAGGCCACGCUGGAGGACCUGCACGACCUCGAGCUCACGGUGGGUCUCCUGCACCGCGCUGUCGAUGACCUCGUGCCGGACGUUCGCACCCUCCUGCCCGAGCUGGAGGACGUGGUCGACCAUGUGAUGCACAUCGGAGAGGAGCAGGACAUCACGCCUGCAGACAUGUUGCAGAAGAUCGAGCACUACGUCAUCGAGGAGGUGUUCCUUUCUCCGGAUGUGGUUGCUGUCCUGCGCAAGGUCCAGACCUAUAGCGCCAAGUUUCAGAAAGUCCUUCCCCGGCAGUUUCGGGAGUGGUUCGUGCGGCUCACGCCAGCCGGCGGCUGGAACUUCGAGUUGUCGCUCAGUGCGACUAGGGGCGAGGACCAGGCCGAGGUGACGAUUGAUCUCAGCAUCCAGGAUACCCUCAACCGCUGGGAAGAGCGCAAAGCUUCUGAGAAGCUUGAGCUCUAG